AAGCAUGGGAACACACACUCAGCAGUCUCAACAUGAAGGCUCUCAUUCUUCUGGCUCUGUUCGCUGUGGCUUAUGCCGCUCCUCUGGAUGAGGAUGACAAGAUUGUUGGUGGAUUUGAGUGUACUAAGAAUGGUGUUCCAUACCAGGUUUCCCUGAACAGUGGCUACCACUUUUGCGGUGGCUCUCUGAUCAGCAACCUCUGGGUCGUGUCAGCUGCUCACUGCUACAAGUCACGUGUCCAGGUGCGUCUGGGUGAGCACAACAUUGACACCACUGAGGGCACCGAGCAGUUCAUCAACUCCGAUAAGGUCAUCAGACACCCCAGUUACAACAGCAAUACUCUGGACAAUGACGUCAUGCUGAUCAAGCUGAGCAGUGCCGCCUCUCUGAACAGCUACGUUCAGACCGUUGCUCUGCCUUCAAGCUGUGCUUCAUCUGGUACCAGCUGCCUGAUCUCUGGAUGGGGAAACAUGAGCGCCAGUGGAAGCAACUACCCCAGCCGUCUGAUGUGCCUGUGGGCUCCUAUCUUGAGUGACACCACCUGCAAAAGUGCCUACCCUGGUCAGAUCUCCUCCAACAUGUUCUGCGCUGGCUUCAUGGAGGGAGGCAAGGACUCAUGCCAGGGUGACUCUGGCGGCCCAGUGGUGUGCAACAACCAGCUGCAGGGUAUUGUGUCCUGGGGUUACGGCUGUGCCCAGAGGAACAAUCCUGGUGUCUAUGCCAAAGUCUGCAACUUCACCACCUGGAUCAGAAACACCAUGAACUCCAACUAAGCUCCCAAGGACUUUCGAGGCCAUAAUCAUAAUGGCAUGUUGCAAUAUCAUUUGGCAAACUAAAAUAAACAUCUGAUAACAAACA